UCCCCAUUUUCUUCCUCCCCCUUCUCUCUCUCUCCACCCACCGCCCAUGGCCUCCUCGUCGGAGAACGUCGAGGCGCCGCGAGACGAGCAGCCCGACCCGCCGCCGCGGAACCCUAGCGAGGAGGCGGGUGAGGAGAUGGAGGUGGAGGCGGAGGGGGAAGGGGUAGGAGAGGGGGAGGGGGAGGAGGCGAAAACCCUAGAGCGGGCGGAGGAGCUGUUCGAGAGGGGGUCCAAGGCCAUCGAGGACGGGGACUUCGUCGACGCCGUCGACUGCCUCAGCCGCGCCCUCGAGAUCAGGGUUGCACACCAUGGAGAACUUGCUCCGGAGUGUGUUAGCACAUAUUAUAAGUAUGGAUGUGCCUUGCUAUACAAGGCUCAGGAUGAGGCUGAUCCUUUGGGUAAUGUUCCCAAGAGUUCUUCAAAUGAAGAGUCUGUGAAGAGUACUACUAACAAAGAUGAUAGAAGCUCAAAGGCCUCUGGUAGCAAUACCGAGGAUGCUUCAUCUAUGGAGAAAGCCGAUACUGAAGAAGGGCAAAACUCAAAUGGAAAAGGUCAAGAGGAGAAUGGUGACAGUGACAAGGAUGAUGAUGAGAUGGCAGGAGAUGAAGAUGAUUCUGAUUUAGAUCAGGCCUGGAAAAUAUUGGAUAUUGCAAGGGCCAUAGUUGAGAAGAGCCCAGAUGACACUAUGGAGAAAGCAAAAAUCUUUUCUGCUCUGGCUGAAGUCUCAAUGGAAAGAGAGGACAUUGAGAACUCCCUUGGUGACUACUUUAAAGCUCUAGCCAUAUUGGAGCAUUUGCUUGAGCCUGACCAUCGUCGAAUUAUCGAUCUAAACUUCCGCAUUUGUUUGGUCUAUGAGUUGGCAUCGAAGAUUUCAGAUGCAAUUCCAUACUGCUCUAAGGCUAUCUCAUUAUGCAAGUCACGUAUACAAAGCCUAAAAAAUGACAAGGAAGCUGGUAAAGAUGAUACUGCAUCUGCUGCUGAAGGAGGCUCAGCAAAAUCUGCUUCUGAGGAUGAGAUAGAGCUGCUCAGUGGCAUUUUAAGUGAGCUUGAGAAGAAGCUGGAAGACUUGGAACAAGCAAUGGCUACCCCUAGCUCUGUUAUGGAUGCGAUUAUGAAGAGAAUUGCCUCAAAGGCAAGUGAUGAACAGAAUGCUACUAACACACUGCCAGCGGCUGCUUCGUUCAAUUCUUCUUCACAGAUGGCCGGGUCAAGCAACGGCUUCGAUUCCUCAACUCUGUCUACAGCAGCUACACUUGGAAGUACUGGAAGCACUGUAACCGAUCUUGGAGUGGUUGGUAGAGGCGUCAAACGAGCUAACAUCAAGCCAAUCUCAGCUGAACCAUCGCCCAAGAGAGCUGCAGCUGAUUCGCUUUCUGUAAAAGGUGAUAGCAGCAACAACUCAGAUGUACAUCCCCCAGCACAAGAGGGCGAUGAUUCCGUAUCAAAGUAGGGUGCAAUUUAGUUGGCCCAAUCUCUUUGUAGUAACUUAAUGGGACAUUUUCCAGUGCCA